UUAUUAUUUAUUUACAUUUAUUUAUAACAAUGUUCCUUCAAAUCAGAUCCUCAAUUUCUUGCAGAUUCUGCUGAAACAAGACAUCAUCAUUCAUCACUACUACUUUGAAAGCUCUAGUUGCUCUGAGAUUCCGAGGUUGUAAAGCUAGCUUCAAACUCUUCUAUCAACUUUAAUGGCUUCUGCAGGGAUUAUUAACAAACCUUUUUCAAUUCCUCCAUACCCUGAGAUGAUUUUGAAGGCAAUAGAAGAAUUAAACGAAGAAAAUGGUUCAAACAAAUCCUCAAUAUCCAAGUACAUAGAAGCCACAUACGGUGGCUUGCCUCAAGGACAUAAGGCACUGCUCAACUUGCACCUUGCAAGAAUGAGGGACAGUGGUGAGCUUGUAUUUUGGAAAAACAACUACACAAAGCGUGACCCAAAUGCUCCACCGAGAAGGGGCCGCGGAAGGCCACCAAAGCCCAAAGAAUCUUUUUCUUUAGGUGUCAUCUACUCACCGCCCAAGCCUAGAGGUCGUCCGCCAAAUGAUCCACCAAAGUCCCCAAAAGUUAACGCCUCAAUUGGGAGCGGGAGGCCUAGAGGUCGGCCAAGGAAGAUGUCUCAGCCGACUAGAGGAUUUGGCGGAGCAUUGACUUCGGCUGUAGGGACUGGCGGUAGUGGGAGGCCUAGGGGUAGGCCUCCAAAGAUGAAGUCCACACCAUUGACUGAAAUUAGUGCUUAAUUAUUGAUCUUAGUUUGGGUUUUAAACCUUGCAUGGAAAUGUUGUUUCUUAAGAACAUAAAUAGAAUGUAAUUGGGUAAUUGUUGUGUUUGGAUUAGACUUUGUUCUGUGUUAGAAAAAUUGUUACUGUACAAUUGUGUACUAGUUAGAUGUAACUACUCCUGUGAGCUUUGUUGGUAUGUAAAUUAAAAUUUGGAUAAUUUGUAGCUUUUUAUGGGUGCAAUUUCCAAAAUAAUUGAUUUGAUGAAUCA